UCUCAAUCAAGCUUCCAAAGCUUGGUACCAUCGCGUAGUGGACGAUCUUAGGAACACCCCAGUUUCAAUGGAAUCGAAUUUCGACGUUGGAGGAGGGAGAUACGAGCCUCGAAAGUUUGGGAUGCAAAUUGGAUAGUUCAGGAUCAAGGAGGCGAUCAAACUAAGGGACCCCACGUCAAAGGAAGUAAAGUAUCGGCACUUGAGAGGUGAGUGUAAAGGGGUAAAAUCUCUGUCGAGGUCUUUUAGUUUAUGCAUUUUAAUUCAGUUAUGUUCGUUAAUUUUCAAGUAAGCGCGAUUAUGUGUGUGAGGCAUCCCACCGCCUACUUAAGGUGGAGGCACGCAUUGUGCUUGUGUGUGUAUGAAUGUGCAUGGUUAUUGGUAAUUGAACCCCCGGGCGGUUGGGUCACUACUGGACGCGGUAGAUGGUCGGGUCACUACUGGACGGCUCUACGUAACGCAGUAGUUGACCGGGCAUGGACUGACGGCGAUACGUAACGCAAUACCAUUGCCUUGAGGAUAGGGACACCGGACGGCG